UGACAUUUUCUAUAGACAAACAAAUCGAUAUUAAAGAAGUUACUUAGAAAUAAAGUAAGAGGUCUAGCGCGAUUUUGUAUUUAUUUUCAACUUAUAUAGUAUUAAUUACAUAUAUAGUUACAAAUUUACAAGUUAACAAUAUUAGCAAAACCAUGAACAACAAAGCAAAUAAUGGUUAUCCGUAUGAUGCAGCUCAAUCAGCGGCUUAUCAGCAAUAUGUGAACAGUCAAAUUCCAACGCAUGCACAGCUGCCUCCAUCAUAUAAUUCUGUGGUAACUAGCAUGACACCAGCGGGCUAUCCACCGUACCCUCCGGGGAUCGUUCAGCAGCCAUUCUACACUAACAACUGGAGCGUGAAUCCGUCCGCACCACAGGCUGCCCCAAUGCAAUUCGCGACUCACCAUCUUCCUCCGCCGCCGCCAUACGCAGCGGCAGCCCAGCAGGCUGCAGUCGCCGCCAUUCCAGCGCAAUCCGUACAUCCGACAAUGUAUCAGUAUCCGAUAGCGACUCCACCUCAAGCACAACCACCACAGGUGUAUCAGGCACAAAUUUAUCCAGUUCAAGGUGCAAUGUAUGAUGCUGGCGCACGUUUCGGCAAGACCGGAGGGGCUGCGACUAUUCCACCGCCACCUCCCGGAAUCGCACCAACUGCGGCUCAGAUCGCCGCCAUGCAAGGACAGCAGGUUGUGAUGACGAAGAAAAAGAACAACUUCAUUCAUGGUGGCAACGGGGCCGGGUUCACAUUCUGGUAAAGGUAUAAGCGUAAUCCGUGAGUAUGUUGUAUUAGCUCAGAGAAUCCAAACCAAAAUCAGUGAUUACCCGCGAUCUACUAUUAAUUUUUGAAUAGUAGCUCUCGUUAGUUUUGUUUCUCAUUUAUUGAUUUAAAUAGUUCUUUGUCGCUCCUCCAACGCAGUCUGUCGAGGUGAUGCCAUUCAUACUUCGAAUUUUAAUUGACUUUCCUAGUUUUGUUGUUUUUUAUUAUUAUUUCUGGUAUUUUAUAUAGAUUGUAGGUCAAUGAACAACUGGCAAACGAAAACUGAAGCAAAAUGAAAUGCAGGAAGUGAAGACAAAGCGAAUUGUAAUACGAAUUGUGUAUGACUACAAAACUAACGGCACAGAAUUACUAUUAGACAGACUAGAGUUAUUGAAAAAAAAUAUUAACCAUGGUAAACAGUCGAGAGAAAAAAAACGAACCCGAUACAAACUUAGAAGUUUGCCAAUGUACCAAGUAAAAGAAGGCACAGUGGAACGGUGGUAAUUAAAGCCGAAUUGAAGUAUUCAAUAGAAAAAUAUUAUUCACUAACACACUAGGAUCAACAGCUUCUGAAGCUAUCUAAUAUUAUACUAAACGAAUGAGUUGAAACAAUAAAAAGCACAUUGCAGCAAUA